CUGAUUCUCCCAUGCAUCGUUCUCCUGUCGAUUUCAACAAGUCUCUCCAUCUAUCCUGUUGUCAUCGUGGCGUCUAUUCUGCUGCGAUUUCCCUCGCCACGAGAACGUUUCCUCACUAUUGGUGGCUUGACUAUUGGUUUCGCUACAUUAGUUACCAUCAACUGGCUCUUAAACGAUAUGAAUUGGAGUUUUAUUGAAGACACGUACGGAUUCAUCGUACGCGUGGACGACCUGACCCCCAAUGUUGGCCUCGUCUGGUACUUUUUUACGCAAGUUUUCGAGCACUUUCGAGCGUUCUACUUAAUGGUAUUUCAAAUCAAUUUACUGGUAUAUGUGGUUCCGCUUUUGCUGAGUUUGAGAAAGGAUGCUCAUCUUCAUCUGGUGAUUAGUUUACUUUUGGUGGCUGUAUUCUCGUCUUACCCCACUUUGAAUGAUGCAUCUGUAUACAUGGCUCUACUUCCCAUGCUCGAGAAAUACCGAAAAUAUCCACGAUACACUUUGAUAGUUGCUGGUACUAUAGUGACAUGUGUGGUACUGAUGCCAGUAAUGUGGCAUAUGUGGAUCGUUGCCGGUUCAGGCAAUGCGAAUUUCUACUUUGCGGUUACGUUGAUCUAUAAUGUUGCACAGAUAUAUCUCAUGAUUGAUUUGAUGUUCGCAUACUUCCGACGGGAAGCGGACGAGAUCUCAGCGUCUCUGGUCACCAACAAGACCAAUUUUGUUUUACAU